AUGCCAUUCUUCAAGGAUCAUUACGAGGUGCUCGGAAUCGAGUCUGAUGCUUCUAAUGACGAAAUUAGGAAAGCCUACCACAAGAGGGCUCUUCAGACACAUCCGGACAAGCUCGACCCCAAUGCAUCUGAGUCUGAUAAACAGCAUGCCGAGGAAGAGUUUCGCAAGGUGUAUGAAGCUUUCGAAGUUCUUGGUGAUGCAAUCAAGCGGAAGGCUUACGACAUUCGCAUGAAGGCUAGAGCUAAUCCUACGCGUAUAUCUGAAGAGGCCGCGCGCAGGGUGAAAGAACGGAAGGAAUGGGCUCUUCGUCAACAUCAGGAGAAGCUAAACCGUGCUGCUCAGCUGGAACGCGAGAAACGUGAAAAACAGGAAGCACUGGUAAAUAUGAAAAUGAAAAAGGAAGCCGCCAUGGUGUCAGAGCUGCUUAAAGCGAUGUAUCAGUCAAACCCAGAGUUUGCUAAAAGGAGAGAAGCCGCCCUCCAGCGCAAGGCAGAGCGUGAACGGGCUGAAAUGUUUAAGCAUUCUCAACACUCAAUUCACUCUUAG